GUCAUAUAUAUAUUUUUAAAUAGUUUUGAUUACAUCUUACCAUAGAUAUUUGUCGUGAUUGUGAGCUCUGGACACCAUCUUAGUUCCUUCCAAUUAUAUAUCACACCAAUUAAUUGUGCUUGUUUCUCUUCUUCCAGGCUACUUCUCUCCGUUCAUGGAGUUCGUGACGUUCCACGCCUCCACCCUGACCAUCAUGGUUAUCAGCGUGGAGCGCUACUUCGUCAUCUGCAAGCCGCUGCACUGUAAGGAGACCCUGACGGGCCGGUUCAUCGCCGGCGUGCUGGUGGUGCUGUGGGCGGCAGCCUUCAUCACCAGUCUGCCUGUCCUGUUCAUCACACACUUCAAACAGAUCGACUCUGUCGGACCGGACCAACUCUACACGUGUGAGACGGAAAGCUCCACCUUUUGGGCUAGGGUGUACCUGUCGUCCAGCGCAGCCGUGUUUUACUUCGUGCCCAUCGUGCUGCUGUCCGGCUGCUGCCUGGUCAUCAGCCGCCACCUGAACAACCCUGACGCCCAGCCGUCCGUGGGACAGAGGGCGGCGAUGGUCAACCGGAUCCGCUCCCGUAAGCAGGUGACGUACAUGCUGCUUGCCGUGGCCGUGCUGUUCUUCAUCUGUCUCCUGCCCUACCGCGUCACCAUGCUGGGACUAAUCUAUGACGUGCAGAAAAUGCUGCAGCUGAUGGGCAGAAAGAGCGUGCUGAUCCUCAUCAUGAUCUGCCGCAUCAUGGUGUACAUCAACUCCACGGUCAACCCCAUCCUCUACAACAUCAACUCCUCCAAGUUCCGCAGCGCCUUUAAGCAGACCAUCGGCAUCACAACAGAGAGAAAGGCCAGUCGAGGCACGCUUGAAGCGAUACCGAUGACCGGUAACACCCGCAGACACACACGCAGGAGAUCGACUGCCAUUUCCGUUGAUGGGGCCCACGACUAGGUCAUAACGAAAGUACGACAUCAUCACAUUCGUAAUUGUUGAUUUUUCCAGAACUCCAACAUUUUCCCAAUCCUAAUCCGCUCUUUCAACUUCCUGUUCCCUAAUUCUCCGUCACAUUAUAUACGAUCUUCGGAAGUACUUCGCGAUCGCAGGAAGGUCGGCUGAUUUUAAGAUCCUUACCACGA